GUGAAACUAAUAUCAAGAUUGCGCUUAUCUCUCCCAAUUACGGUUUUUGUUUUGACAGUUUUUCAACUGGUUGACAAUUCUAUGACGAACAUGGUAUGAGAGUAAACAUGAUGGAAGGUCUAAAGCGUCUGAUGGCAGGAGACAAAUCCGGACCGAUCAACAUAGGCAAUCCAGCUUAUUAAACCGGACGUGGAGAUAAAGAUUGUGGAGAACAUACCAGAUGAUCCGAGGCAAAGCUAAAGAAGUUCUUGGUUGGGAACCAAAGGUGAAGCUACGUGAAGGGCUUCCUCUUUAUGGAAGAAGUUUUUCGUCUCAGGCUUGGUGUUCUCAAGAACUGAAUUUAUCAAUACAAAGUGAUAGGUAUUUUCAAGAAUCAAGAACACUAAGAGAACA